AUGGAAAAUACACCUCUCACGCACGUUUACAUACCACGCAUACGCAUAUGGAUACACCUACACGUACAUAUGGAUAUGCCCCCAUAUAUACGUAGCCACACACGUGUAUACACCCACAUAUACGCACUCACGCAGAUACAUGGAUGCAUCCAUAUAAAUACGGAACCACAUGUAUAUAUGGCUGCAUUUGUCGCUACACUUAUCCGUCUACACCCACACAUACGCACUCAUAUACAUGCAUAA